AUGAACAGACCAAUUGGCGGGUUGCUUUGGGCAUUCAGCCGUGCUCAGUUCCCACCCCCUCACCCCCACCCGUUGCUAGGAUAGUUGUCAACAGAACUUGAAGCUCCUGGGAGAUAACGAAUCUAAUAUUAAUAAUUGACUGGUGAAGAAAAAGUGCUGCGAUCAAUGAAUCUGACUUCAUAUGGAAUCUUUUAAAUUCCAGCAAUCGGGAGGAGGAGGCUACAGAUUUGCAAAGCAAUACCUGGGUAAGUUGAAUGUUUCAGCCUAUGUAUAUUUAAACAUGUAAAAUUUGAAACAAUUUAAAUUGGUGGUGGUGGGCAUUUUAGUCCUCAGUAAGCAAGAUUUUUUUUUUUAAGUGUCAUGAUGUUUCCAGCAUUACUUUGGCCAGAAUUAAAAGGGAAUCUUGAGCAAUCAACUUUGUAGAAAAUAUAAUUAUAUGAUAAGGUUUAGUAACUAGGUGACAUUAUCAUUACUUAUUUAUUAUGCCAAGGGUUCAAGAGUAAUCCUAUGUUCAAGGGUAUUUUAUAAGCUCCUCCUUCAUUUUAUUCUCACAAGUACCCUUUAAAACGAGGGACGUGGGUGGCGCUGUGGGUUAAACCACAGAGCCCAGGACUUGACGAUCAGAAGGUCGGCGGUUCGAAUCCCCGCGACGCGGUGAGCUCCCGUUGCUCGGUCCCUGCUCCUGUCAACCUAGCAGUUUGAAAGCACAUCAAAGUGCAAGUAGAUAAAUAGGUACCACUACAGCAGGUAGGUAAACGGCGUUUCCAUGCACUGCUCUGGUUUCGCGAGAAGUGGCUUAGUCAUGCUGGCCACAUGACCCGGAAGCUGUACGUCGGCUCCCUCGGCCAAUAAAGCGAGAUGAGCGCUGCAACCCCAGAGUCGGCCACGACUGGACCUAAUGGUCAGGGGUCCCUUUACCUUUUACCCUUUAAAGCAGAGUGGCUGCCCCAGGAGGGCUGAUUUAUGAUUUGAACCCCAUUUUCAGCAUGGUUCAGGUGUGUGUUUUUUUAGGCUUUUAAUUUUGUCACUGUGCAUAGAUUGAACCUAUUUUAAACUGAAUAACGUUGUUCAUAACCCCUUUUUGUGGAAUAGCCAAUUUGGGCAAAAAGAAGGUUGCAAUUCGGUCACUGUGCUGUUUAAACCAGGGAUACUCAUCCACACUUAGCUUUGCUGCACAUUUCUAGGCACAGGCCUGGGCUGUUCAGCUCUGCGUCUCAGCGCUCCCCCUCCCCAGUGCUUUUCCCUUGGACACCUGCUCUUUACUGCUGAAUCGGAUCAAACGGCAAUCCAUAGAAAACCUGCAUUGCUGUUGCUCCGAUUCGGCAGUAAAGAGCGGGUUUUCCUGCGGGAAGGCAGCAGAGCAAAACGAAAAGUGUUUGGACACAGAUCGAUAAAGCAUGGUCCUGUGGCUAGAAAGUAAACAGCAAAGAGAUCUGGACCAGGAGAAGAUUCACAAUGUAAGAAUAUAAAUGAUCAGACGAAAGUUUCCUCUAGUGCAGCACCUUUCUCCCUGCAGUGGCCAAGUAGAGACCUAGGAGAAGUUUCCAUGGGGGCAACAGACCUCCUCACGGUUGCUACCGUUUGACAAGGUGUGUGGGGCCUAGAGUACUUGACUGGGGAAACAGAACUUCAUGCCCUUGCUCAUAAAUGAAACGGAACUCUCAACCCAGCUCAGACAUUGAAAAAUUGCCUGAAGGAUAAAAUUGGGAGGAAAGAGGACCACAUGCCCUGAAGUCAUUGGAGAAGAAGUAAACAAGUAACUUUUGGGAAAGCGUCAUAAUUAGUACCAAAACAAAAGCAGUACUUUCAUAGCAUGCACAAUUGGCAUCAAAAUCCACAGAAUUAGUGAUCAGUCUGUGCAGAAAGGCCCAAGGAUCUGCCAAGUCACACAGGUCUUCCUGAAUAAAAUAAGCACAUGGGGCCCCGAAAUAUGGAAGCCCUUUAAAAACCUUCCUUAAUGGAAUUUGAGGUGCAAACUAAACAUAAUUGUUCAGUUUCACCUUGGCUACAUAGUUCUUUUUAGGAAACAAAGGCAUGCCUCUCAAUGAGAAGAAGAGGAGGAGGAGGAGGAAGAGGAGGAGAAGGAGUUGGAUUUGAUAUCCUGCUUUAUCACUACCCGAAGGAGUCUCAAAGCGACUAACAUUCUCCUUUCCCUUCCUCCCCCACAACAAACACUCUGUGAGGUGAGUGGGGCUGAGAGACUUCAAAGAAGUGUGACUAGCCCAAGGUCACCCAGCAGCUGCAUGUGGAGGAGCGGAGACACGAACCCGGUUCACCAGAUUACGAGUCUACCGCUCUUAACCACUACACCACACUGGCUCUCACAGUUGACUCACUUUUCUCUGUCAUCACAGGUUGAUUUACCUUCUGUUGCAUGGAAACAGGAUAAGGAUGGGAGACAACUGGAAAAGAAAGCCCAGAGUCUGCCAUGAUCCUAUACUUUCACGAAUACAGAUCCCUUCAUCUGCUCAGGACACCUCCUUAAUGAAGGUAUCUGAAGACUGCUGACAUUAGAGCUGUGCCAAUCUCAUGGCCUAACCCCUUCUGUGAUUUUAUUAAAUAAAACAGUUCUUGGUGCUUAGAAUAGGGCUACCAGACGUCCCCAUUUCCUGGGGACAGUCCCCGGAUUUGCGAAUAAGUCCCCAGACAAAUUCCAUCCCCGGAAUGUCCCCGGAUUUCAUCUAAUGUCCCCAGGAAAUGCAGCAGCAGUAGUCUGAGCAGCCGGCUCUGGCUGGCUUCAGGAGGUACUCGGAAGUCCCCAUGUGAUGGUGGUGCAGGGGCUCGAAGAUGCAGUUUCUAGACUGCCUCCACCUUCCCUAGCAACUAAGCUGUGAAGGGAGCAACUAAGCUGUGAAGGGAGGCUUCAUGCUGCCUCUCGGAACAGCCUCCCAACUCCUACUUGCAUGCAAGCAGGAGUGGGGCGGGGAUUUCAUCACUGAAGGGAGGCUUCACACUGGCUAUCCAAGCUUGCGUGCAAGCAGGAGGGGGCAAGGAUCUCUCAGUUAAGCAACAGGAAGCCUCCCUUCCCAGCUGAGGGAUCCCCGCCCCCUCCUGCUUGCACGCAAGUAGGAAUGGGAUUGGGGCUGCUCCGAUGAGAAGGGAGGCAUCGCGCUGCCUGAGAGAUCCCUGCCCCCUCCUGCUUGCAAGCAAGUAGGAGUUGGGAUGGGGCUGCUAUGAAAGGCACCGCUUCCCCACCACCACCACCAAAGAACCAACAACUCAGGGGCUGCCCAGGCUCAUGGAGAAAGGAGACAGAAGCUUCGGAGGAAGGGGAAACGUGGCGGUUGAGGUCAAGACAGUGGCUGCCCCACUGCCACCGCCAUCGCUGCAGCAUCAAUGUUCCGAACGUGUAGUAUUUAUUUAUUUAUUUAUUGUGUCCCCGGAUUCAUUGAAAAAAAUCUGUUAACCUUAGCUUGGAAGGGUCUCCUGUUCUUAGUGCAGAGUGGGUCUCCUGUCUUGUUUCACGGUGCCAUCCUCAAUGUGCUGCACCCUGACAUCUCCCUUAGCACCUGCAGGGGCCCCUGCCUCCCCCCUUUACUUUAUUUUAUUUUUAUUUUUAAUAUGUGAGAGUGUGCGUACAUGCCUGUAAUCCCCCCCCCCCCCGAAUGCUUCUGGGCUACACACAGGGCUAAAGAGUUUCAUAAGGAAACAGAGUGCUAAAACUGCCCACCAUAGAACACCAGGGCUGUGUCCCAUUGCCCACUGUCAAUCUCCCCCAUUUCCCAGGUGAGCACUGCCAUCUGCAAGACUUCCCCAAAUUACUGCUUUUUGGAGAAGUAGGGAUGGAAGACCGUUAUUUCCAGUUUUCUCAGUUUCUCGUUUUUCCAAUCUUGAAUUAGGUUCUCACAUUUCUGCAGCUAUUUGCAAGUCUGUUUUUUAAAAGUCCUGAUGAAAACGCAUCAGCAUUUUUAGUGUGAACAAACACAUUUUGUAUGCAGUUUUGACUAAUGUACAAUUUUUUUGCAAGCAGCUAUCCCAAAUGUUAUACAUUUUUACAUGUUACCUUCAUUAAUAUCCAUUCCUAUUAGUGCACAAUUUCCUCGGAUAUGUAAAUUUUGUGAACACUGUUUAGAGAACUGUACCACAUAAUAAGAUUAAGUGAAAAUCCCGAAGGACAGCUAUGUUUUAGUUCAUGUACUGUUUCAGGGUGUGUGGAUUUGAUAGAUUUGUCUUUAAAUGAGAAGUGAAGCUUGCUGUCUUUGUGACAAGAAGAUUAAAGCCCUCCUUGCAAUCUAGGGGAAGGCAGGUGCCAGACCAGGAGACUUCAGGUAAACCCUGAAGGUCUGGCAGCCCUAGUCCUCUCUGGAACUCACCUACAGGUGGUACCCAACACCAAGAAAACUAGUGCUAAUAUGCCCAGGAACCUCACCAAAAUGCUGGAGAGGGUGCACUUCCACAGGCACAUACCUUCACAUGUGGUGGGAGUGUCCCAAAGUCCAACUAUUCUGGACAACAGCCAUACAAGAAAUAUGUAAAAUAACCAAGCAAGUAUUAGAAAUCACCCCAGAAUUGGCCCUACUAAACAUCUUCCAAGACAAUAGUGCUCAUUUACACCACAAAGAACUCAUAACCCACCUCCUUUCAGCAGCCAGAAACAUAACCAGACACUGGAGAGACCUGUCAGGAGUAAGCAUGGACCAAUGGUACCAAACAGUAUGGGAAACAGCCUUACUAGAAAAAUUAACCAAUAAACUGAAACUGACACGGGGACAAAUAGAAGAAGACGCCUUCACCCCGGUAUGGCUUCCCUUUAUCACAUACACAGCCCAACAAGACAAUGAAAAAAAUCCACCAACAGCAUACAAAUAAAUAAAUAUGGCUAACCUGAUCCAAAACACCCACCAACCCCCACUCACACAUGAAAACAAAGACCACCACAGCCAACCACAAAUGAACAGCCACACCCUAGGCCAACCCCAACCUCUCUCACCAACAAAGAAACACAAAGGAACAGCAGAGAACCUGCACAAGCAACUCUGACACAAAACCCGACAUACAUUAAGUAAAAUAGAAACAUCACCACCUGACCCCCCCAUCUCCCCCCCACCUCUUUCCCCCUUUUCUUCCUAAUGUCUCAACAAAUGAAACGGAUCAGUAAAAAAUGUUACUUGGGGAAAAAAGAGAGAGAGAGAUUGCACAUACUCUUGUAAACCAAGAAAAUCUUUAAUAAAAAUACAUUUUUUAAAAAAAUGGCUCACCCCAAAUGCCUGGGGGAAUUAGGGUGUCUUUACUUGAUGGCAGAAACCCACGCUUGUCUCACCGCUCAGGGUGACAAAGAACCACUCUCACCACCAACUGUAAGACCUGGGAUGGAUGAUAUGGGAGAGGAAUACAGCCAGGUUCCAGGGCAUGAAGGACUUUAUAAACCAGUACUAAAACCUUGAAUUGGACCCUGUAGCAGUCUGGCAGCCAGCUCAAAUCCCACAAUAUUGGUGGCUAUAUGACCACAUGCUGAAGCGCCAUUCAGUCAUCAUUCUGCACCAGCUGCAAUCUCUGGACUGUUGUCAAAGGCAGCCCAAUGUAGAAUACAUUAUAAUAAUCUAGCUUUGCAGCCCUGGCUAUUUUCUACCUCAGCAUGUUUCUGCCUUCGUUGCUUUGCUUUUUCCAUGAUAAAAGAGGGAGCGAAGGAAGUCCAGGGUCCUCGUACAUUCUCAUUUUGCAUUGUUUGGGUGGUGGUGGGGGUUUGGGGUGCUGUUUGCCAUGUGUAACUAGUCUAGGCCUUGUUCCGACAGGAUUUGAAAAGAGGACAGAAGCGCUACUUUUACAGCAUUAUGAGAAUAUAUGACAGCAAAGCGCCGAGGGAAAUGUUGUACCGUCGGUAUGUGAUCAAUCUCCAGCGCCAGAACGUGCAGGGUGAGUGUCAGCCAAGGCAGCUCCUUGCAUCAGCACCUCCGAGAAAUUGGAGAGCAGCAGAGAAAAUCCGGAGACUUGAGGGGAUUAUGAGGCAAGGUUUAUGGGCCAUGAAGGUACAUCAGACACACAGCCGGAGCACAUGGUGGUUUAUAGGCAGAGUUCACACAGUCUUCAGCCAAGAGGCUCUGCCGUUCUCAGCAGGGACGAAGGGGAAGAACAGGCAGUGAAAUGGUGUAGGUCUGAUGUUAUUUAUGUUACAUUCAUCCACUGUGCAGUUUGUCUUUGGUUCCUCUCCGCAGAAAUGAUACAAACACACACAGAGACAGCUGAAAGACAAAUGCUUUAGAAUAAAUGUUUAGCUCUCGUAGCUGCCUUAGAAAAAUAUCAAACCAACAGAUUUCUCCCAGACGCACAAAACACCGGGGGCUUUCCUCCACAUGUCUCCCAAACGCUUGACGUUAAAACUAGGAUUGGAAACCUUCUAUAGGAGAGCCACUCAGGAACAAACACUUCAAAAUGAAGAGUUAGCAUUAAAAGGAUUGUGAGAUCAGUUCUGUGAUUCAGAAAAGACAGCUUCUGUGUUCUCCCAGACUUUUCAUGUUCAAUUCAAGGUUUUAGCUCAGUGGUACAAGCCAUGUUUUGCAUACAAAAGGUCAGUGUUCCCCAAACUUGGGCUUCCAGCUGUUGUUGGAUUACAACUCCCAGCAUCCCUAGCUAGCGGGACCAGUGGUCAGGGAUGAUGGGAAUUGUAGUCCCUAAACAGCUGGGCAGUCGGCCGGGCGCUCUCGCUCCUGGCUCGAUUUGGGUCAUGGGGGGGUCAGCGGUCCCCCCCAGUUGACGCGCUGGGUGUCCCUGGUUCCCCCUUGGGAGUGGCAGUGGCGGCAGCAGUCUCAGCAGCCCAGAGCCAGCCUGGUAGCGCAGUUGGGUCUGGCUGGCUUCAGGAGCUGCUUGCUGCCAUGGUGCCCGUCAUUUUGCCUUGCUGGAAGUCCCCAUAUGAUGUGUCUUGUGCCGUUGAACCAAUCAUGUAACAUUCAUUCACUAUUAAUAAAUCUGUAACACUUAAAAUAUAAGUCCGGGGACAUUAAAUGAAAUCCGGGGACAUUCCGGGGACGGAUUUUGUCCGGGGACAGAUUUGUAAAUCCGGGGACUGUCCCCGGGAAAUGGGGAUAUCUGGUAACCAUAGUAUGUGCUCCCUGUACUGUUUCUGCAGGAGAAGGCAGACUUGCCAUUUCUAGCAUUAACGGUAAGGUAGGAGAGCCAGGUGCAAUCACUUGCUCCUGGAGCCAUUUCCUGGAGAAGGCAGAGGAUUAAACCUGGAGAGUCCAGACCUGUGCACAGAAAGGCAGGUCUGGAUUUUCUCUUUCUUUUCUUUUUCACUGAUUCGGGUGGCUGGGUUUUAAAAUAUGAUUUAUAGAAUAGAAAUGAGCAAGUCCCAGCCUCAGAACUGCAGGUGUAAAACUAACGAAUGAUUUAGCCUUGUAGUGCUUACUAUUUUGUCAAAGCUUUUAAUGCGAAGGCCCUAGUGACAAACCAAAUAUGAAGUUCAGAAAAUCCUAUUGAUGGCCCUGUUUGUCACAGGAAUAACAAAAAUGCACAGGCAAAACAGAAGCAGUUAACAGGGGAGUAAAAUCAGAUGUAAUUAUUCUGUGAAGUAUGCAUUCUCUGUUUUAUGUUCUGCUAAACUCUGAUUGAUUAAAUUAGAGGCAGUCUUCCCAUUAAACUGGAUUUAUUACAAGAACAAGGUAACUAUCGCUACCUAGUGCUAAGAACCAUCUUUCUUAAAGGAAAGGCUUGUCCCUUUCCCCAACGCUUUGGGAAACAGGCUGGUCUCCUUUCAAACUAUUUGAUUGCACCCAAUGUCAGGAGGCUUGCUUGUGUAAAUUAGAGACAAAACAGCAGACCCAAAAGGAAAGAGGGAGUCGAAACGUUCAUCUCACAAUUAAGGCUCCACAAAGUAGGUCUUUCUCAUCUUUCACUCCUGCAAUCAUUGAAAACCAUGUCACAUCGCCACAGGACGACGCCUGACAGCAGAAGGCUCACUGACUCCUUUUUGCAAUUACCGUUGUUAUUUUCUGACUCCACACUCUGAGCAUGGCAGGGAGCCCUAUUCAUUCCAUCAACUUUUAUGGCCUCUCCUGCACAUGCUGACUAAUGUGAUGACACUAGACCAGUUGUUCAGCUGUCCUGGACACUUUUGCCAGCCCAAAGGAAUAACCGGCCAUCAGAAUAACGCACUGUUUGCCCCCUCGUCCCCAUGUAUUGAUGCACGGGUGCCUUUGACCAUUAUUGACUCCUUUAAAAAUAUUUUUAAGGGCUCAUCACAAAGCAGCAAGUCAAAUAUUAUGCAUCCUACCUGAAAGAUUAA